AUGGCGAAUGAAGCCCCAGCCGUCCCUCUGGCGGAACUCGCCACUCCCAGCGUCAAGCCUCAAGAGAUCUCGUUCACCUUGCCCAAAGCUUUCCAUACAACAGCACAUGUUCACUUGAACUUCUUGGGCCAUUGUGCCAUGGUAUUCCUGGCUACCUCAUCGCCGGCUGAUUCGGGCGGCUCUAUCAAACCAAUGGGGAGCUUUGUUUAUGCGAUGCCCGAUCGCACUUCACCCAAGUCGACGAUAUCAACAACACUCUACACCUCGCCAUCUAGCAUUGAAUACACAACCCGCAUAGCUAAGAUCCUAGCUCGACGGUUUUCCAUGCCGGUCUAUGUUGGCUGCAGUAUUGACCCACAUGGGAUGGGGUUGGAAGUCGCGGAGGAAAUGGAAGGGCUGACCAAGAUCGUCAAUGUGAUCAUGGAGAAGUGGGAAGAGCACAAGCAGGAGAAGGCUGGAAGUGCUGAAUAA